ACAGCAGAGGCAAGUGUUGCUGCAACCCACAUCAAGGGCUGAAGCACUGAAAUGAGUUUGAAAAUGCUAAAAUUGCCUUCUCCUGCCAUGAAAGAGUUAAGGAGCAAUUCAGCCCACCCUAAAGUUUAGCAGAUGAGCCUAUUGUGGCAAGGGUUUUGCAGUUAGCAACCCGCUUCGAGCAGGAAAUCAAUUUAAACAGAAGUGGGGAGAGGAUGUGCUACAGCAGCAUGGAAAAAUCUGGUACAAAACGGACCAAAAGCUUACAGAUGCAAUAUUGUUCUUCCUGUUCAUCUGCCAGCCCAACCCUGGGGGAGGUUUCUCAGUGCCCUCAAGUGAGAUUCCCUUUUCUGAGGAGAUGCUGGGGAUAACAAGUAACUGCAUGUGGGGGACAUAAAAGAAAACUGAAUCUCACUUGGCAGCCAAUAGGGCAGCAAAUAAAUAAAAAUAAUAAGUGAUUUCUAUUUUUUUCCCAAACAUGAAAAUAUUGAAGCCUGCUGUUCAUCUCUGUAAUUUCAAUUCAUGCAUUUGUCUUUGAAUCCUAAACCCCAAGUGCUUCAAACCUCUUCCUCACAGAUAUUUCAAAGUCAUUCUGAUAUUUUAUCAUUUAAGUAUUUCUGCCUAUGAGCCACGUGCUGUCACAGCUACCAAAGCAGCACAUGCUGUGAGAUGGGGAGCCCCAGCAGAAUUUCCUCAUUUUUGCGGUUUUUCAGACACAAAUUUGUUUGAGGUUUCCUGCUCUUGAUUUCAAAGCUUUCUGUGAUGCCUCACAUCUCUGCUUUAUGUUGGGUUGGUCUGAUAUUCUCCAUUUUCCAGAGAAAAACACCUCCUGCUAUAAAUUCUGCUGAAGAAAACAACCCCACGGUUCAAAUUGCAUCUUUUCCUUGUUUUAAAUGCUUUUUUUAAUUUCAAAAGGGGGGGAAACAGCCAAAAUUCAUUAUUUCCUGCUUUUAUCUUUAAGGCCAUGGUCCUACAUUUGUAAUUUUUUGGUAAAAGUAGAUUAAAAGAAGGAGGAAUAACUAGGUGGUGAAAUAUGAAGGUAUCAUAAUUAAAAAUCAGUGAGUUUUCUUGGUUUUAUUUCCAAAGGGGCUUUAAGGGUACCCUGUGAAGUGCUGGAGAAGAGCAUAGGGCUGUUGCCCUGAUGCACUCAGGUUUGGGGCUCGGUGCAGAAGAAGCUGCCAGGUUGAGGCUCCAGGUGCUGCUGUGGCAGAGGCUCUUUGGCAGCUGCUGGUGAGAGAUCUGCACAGAGAGGGGCAAGGACUUCCUGAGGUGAAGCCACCCCUGCCACCAAGGGGUGACAGCGAGAGGAAAGGGAGAGCUGGCACAAAACCCCUCCGUCACCGAGUCCGCCACCAUGGUCCGGCCAUGGCUCCAUCUCUACAUCUGCCUCCAGAUCCCAGGUUUUUAUACACUUUUAACCCAAACUCCAGAGCACCUUCUAACCCAAACUAACAGUAAAACCGAAAUGCUCUGUGAGGUGAAGAAGGAGCAUACUGGGGUGUACUGGUACCGCUGGAGCCAGGAGAGGCAACAUUUCGAGUUCUUGGUGUUUUCCAACAUGCUGGGCAAAGCCACGUACGGCACAAACGUGAGCCGGGACAAAUUCAGUGUCCAUGAGGCAAGAGCCCACAGCUCCUACAGCCUGCACAUCAGCCACCUGCAUCCCUCAGACAGCGGCACUUACUACUGCUCCAUCUCCCAGUCCUCCCAGCUCCUCCUGGGCAGUGGGACACAGCUCAGAGUGGGUNACACUUUACCUCUGCCUCCAAAGACCACACAGACACCGGUGUCCAAAAAGCCCGUGCCGCGGAUAACCAAAAGCAAAGCUGCCAGCAGGACAGGUCCCUGCAGUCCCCUGGUCUGGAUCCCCCUGGCCGCGGGUGCCCUGCUCCUCCUGCUGGGCCUGGUGCCCGCUGCCCUCCGCCUCCACCGUCUGCGGCGGAGGCUGUGGCUUCGCAUCCACAGGCAGUAAAUCCCAGAAAAUCCCAGUAAAUCCCACUGCCCCCCUGCCUCGGACAGGGAGGAGCCACGGAGCCUCCCCUGCGCACGGCUGAGCAUGAGGCUGACGUGGGCUUCUACCACAAAACAGACAUUUCUUUCCUGCAACCGACCAUGACUUCAACAUUUUCCUUGGCACAACAGCUGGCAAAAGGACCAAGCUGGAGUCUGCAGCAUCCUGAGCAUUUCUUAAAGGAAAGUGAGCAGGGCAAAUGCCACAGCUGGCUCUGCACAGGGGGAAGGGCCUGGUGCACCAAAGGGAUUCAGAUGGGCUGGAAAACUGAGCUCCUUGGGUCUCCUCUGUUCAUCUGUAGGACAGCACAAAGGUGCUUUUUUUGCCCCUGUUAAUACUGGUUGAUAAAAAUUUGAUUUGAUAAAAACAAACACUUAGAGCAACCAGCAGGGAUGGAGAAGACGAAACUUGUAAAGAUCCUGUGCAGGUUUAUUCAGUACCAAAAGUGAAUGUAUCACUCAGUUAUUUUAUUCCCCAGUUUGGUGUCUUUUGGUACUGCUCAGUGAGGGACACGGUUGUGUGGCAAGCAAGGAACCAUGGCCUCCAACCAAGAAAGAGUUAAGGCAGAGCAAAAACUCCAGGGGUGAGCAGAUCUGGGAGGGUGCCUUCUCCCAUGGGAGACUGCAAACACCCAGGAUGGGGAGAGGAAAACCAGACAAAGCCAUGCACACAAGGCCAAACACUUGGCAUAGCCUGAAGGUCAACACCACCUCUGAGAGCAAACAGGCACUCAGGGGCUGGCUCCGAGCCCAGCAGCACAGUGUGGCCAGUGAGUGAUGCCUGGGUGUGCUGAGCCCCAAGCGACCUCUAUGCCCUGACCCCUGUGUGACAUUCCUGCAUGCUGAGCCCCAAGCAAUGCCCAUGUGUGCUGAGCUUUGAGUGAUGCCAGAAGCAGGGAAGGUCUCCCAAGGGGUGUUAACAAGGCUCAGCUGCUGCCCAGGGUG